AUGGCUUCUGCGGUAUAUUUUUGCGACCAUAAUGGGAAACCACUCUUAUCAAGAAGAUAUAGAGAUGAUGUACCACUUUCCGCAAUUGAUAAAUUCUCUACAUUACUGUCGGAUUUAGAGGAGCAAUCAAAUCUGAUUCCUCCAUGUUUAAAUCACAAUGGGCUCGAGUAUCUAUUCAUCCAACAUAACGAUUUAUACUUGGUGGCAAUUGUUACCUCGCUUACUGCCAAUGCGGCUGCCAUUUUUACUUUUUUGCACAAGCUAGUAGAGGUACUGAGUGACUAUUUAAAAACUGUUGAAGAAGAAUCUAUAAGAGAUAAUUUCGUUAUAAUAUACGAACUGUUGGAUGAAGUGAUGGAUUACGGUAUACCACAAAUUACCGAAACUAAGAUGCUAAAGCAAUACAUAACACAGAAGUCCUUCAAACUAGUAAAAUCCGCUAAAAAAAAGAGAAAUGCUACUCGACCACCUGUCGCAUUAACAAAUUCAGUUAGUUGGAGGCCCGAAGGUAUUACUCAUAAGAAAAACGAGGCUUUUCUGGAUAUUGUUGAAUCUAUUAAUAUGCUAAUGACUCAAAAGGGUCAAGUUCUAAGGUCAGAAAUUAUUGGCGAUGUCAAAGUUAAUUCAAAAUUAUCCGGUAUGCCUGAUCUAAAGUUGGGCAUUAACGACAAGGGUAUUUUCUCCAAGUAUUUGGAUAAUGAUUCUAAUAUACCAUCUGCAGUCAGCGCGGCAACGUCCGAUAAUAAUACAGAUACCGAUAAGAAACCAUCCAUAACAUCGUCUUCGACCACAAGCAAGAGGAAGGUCAAUAUAGAAUUAGAAGAUUUGAAGUUUCAUCAGUGCGUUCGAUUAAGUAAAUUCGAAAACGAAAAAAUUAUAACGUUUAUACCACCGGAUGGGAAGUUCGAUUUAAUGAAUUACAGGCUAUCUACCACAAUAAAACCAUUAAUUUGGUGCGAUGUAAACGUGCAAGUUCAUUCGAAUUCUAGAAUUGAAAUCCAUUGUAAGGCGAAGGCCCAAAUUAAAAGAAAAUCUACUGCAACUAAUGUGGAAAUAUUGAUACCGGUUCCGGAUGAUGCCGAUACGCCGACUUUCAAAUACUCACAUGGGUCCUUAAAGUAUGUUCCUGAAAAAAGUGCAAUUUUAUGGAAAUUAAGAAGUUUCCCUGGAGGUAAAGAGUACUCAAUGUCAGCAGAGUUAGGGCUACCUUCAAUAUCAACUAGCAAGGAUGGCAGUAGAACAAUACCAAAAAGUAACGCAAAACUCUUAAAGGGGCCUGUUCAAAUUAAGUUCCAGAUUCCUUACUUUACCACUUCGGGUAUUCAAGUACGUUACCUAAAGAUUAAUGAACCAAAACUACAGUAUAAGAGUUACCCAUGGGUAAGAUAUAUCACGCAGAGUGGUGAUGAUUAUACGAUAAGGCUAACAUAA